AUGCUGAGCCAGUGCUUGCCUUGUCGCCGUAUCGUAGAUCGUAGUCAAUGUCUGCACCUGCGUUUGGUGACCUACAAGGGGCAUGUUGACAUCGUGAAGCUGCUGCUCCGCAAGGGGGCGUCUGUGUCGAAGAGAACCAGAAGUUCAUUUGCUCCUCUUCAUGGAGCAGCGACCGAAGGAAAGACAGAAGUGGUGGACUUGCUGGUGCAGCAUGGUGCAACAUUAGACAUACGGGACGGCUUCCAGAACACUCCGCUCAUGAGAGCCUGUAACUACAACCAUGUCGACACAGUUCGGCGGCUGAUUGAGCUGGGAGCAAGACCUGAUUUAACUGGUGGUCAGUUACAGGGCAUGAGGUACUACAAGCCGGGGACAGAAAUCGGAAAAGGUGAAAAUGAGGAGAGUUUGAAGCUGGUAGAAGAGGCGAGGAAGUCCAAGCUGUUGAGAUGCUGCAACCCUACGUGUGGCAAACCAGGAUACAGGUCAACUGGAACCCUGAAGCUGUGUGCCGGGUGCAAGCUGACCCGCUACUGCGUGUGUAUCCGUAAUUGUGAUUACGCUUCCUAG